UCUCGUCGAAGUGCCAUGCGAUGAAGUCUUGCAUGCCCGCCCCUUCUUUCACGAACAACAUACACAGCGCGACACGUAGUGCCGCAUCUCCAAAGUCCAAGCACGUUUCUUCCUCACCCCGUACAGGCAUCGACCGGGUCCGGCGGACAAAUCCUUGUUGCUAGUCGAAGCGCAAUUUGGAAAAGCAAACCUCAUCUGACCGUGACGGCGACCGGAGUGGAGGAACCCCGUCCGAUCCACACGAGAACGCGAAGGCGUCAUAUCGGACACGCCCCGCACGAGUCAAGAGUCAAAACACCGGCUGGAAAAAGAUGCUCCGGAACCCGACGAGCGCAGGCAGGCGGCCGCAACCGCACCCACACCCGACGAGUCCGCCGCUCACGACAACGGCCGCCGGAGCAGCAGCUCAACACCAUCGUCCUCCCGCAUAUGUCACCCCCGAGCUGCCGCCCGCGAGCCACCACCACCACCGCCCCAAACCUCGUCCAUUCGCCCUCCGGUCCGCAGCGCAAGCCAUGACGCCCCUGACGCGGCGGCGGCUGCUGACCACGCUGCUCUGCCUGUGCGCGCUCGCCGCCCCGGCGCGGUCCCAGAACGCGAGCGCCACGCCGGCGCCGGCCAGCGUGGAGGGGUUCAACUGCUCCGCCAACGGCACCUACCCUUGCCAGGCCUACGCGCUGUACCGGGCGGGCUUCGCGGGGGUGCCGCUCGACCUCGCGGCGGAGGGCGACCUCUUCGGCGUCAGCCGCUUCAUGCUCGCGCACGCCAACAACCUGUCCACCUCGGCCGCGCCGGCCGCGGGGCAGCCGCUGCUCGUGCCGCUCCAGUGCGGCUGCCCCUCCGGGUCGCCCAACGCCUACGCGCCCACGCAGUACCAGAUCAGCUCCGGCGACACCUUCUGGAUCGUCUCCGUCACCAAGCUGCAGAACCUCACGCAGUACCAGGCCGUGGAGCGCGUCAACCCCACGGUGGUGCCCACCAAGCUCGAGGUCGGGGACAUGGUCACGUUCCCCAUCUUCUGCCAGUGCCCCACCGCCGCCCAAAACGCCACCGCGCUCGUCACCUACGUCAUGCAGCAGGGCGACACCUACGCCUCCAUCGCCGCCGCCUUCGCCGUCGACGCGCAGUCCCUCGUCUCCCUCAACGGGCCCGAGCGGGGCACGCAGCUCUUCUCCGAGAUACUAGUGCCGCUCCGUCGGAAGGUGCCGCAGUGGCUGCCGCCAAUCGUGACCCGCAACGACGUGUCGGCCACGCCGCCGUCCCCGCCGCCUACCGCGACGCCCGGUCCGAGCGACGUGGCCGACAACCGAGACGGGGUGGUCACCGGGCUGGCCGUCGGGUUGGGCGUGGUCGGUGGGCUGUGGCUGCUGCAGCUGCUGCUGCUGGGCUGCCUGUGGAGGCGGCUCAAGUCGAACGGGCGGCGAGGGGACGCGGUCGCGAGCGGCGACGGCGGCAGGUCUGGCAAGAGCGCGUCCGGCUCCGGCGGCGUGGGAGGGGAGAGAUUCCUAGUGAGUGACAUAUCCGAGUGGCUGGACAAGUACAGGGUGUUCAAGGUGGAGGAGCUGCAGCGCGGCACCGACGGUUUCGACGACGCGCACCUCAUCCAGGGCAGCGUGUACAAGGCCAACAUCGGCGGCGAGGUCUUCGCUGUGAAGAAGAUGAAGUGGGAUGCCUGCGAGGAGCUCAAGAUCCUGCAGAAGGUGAACCACAGCAACCUGGUGAAGCUGGAGGGGUUCUGCAUCAACACGGCGACGGGCGACUGCUUCCUGGUGUACGAGUACGUGGAGAACGGGUCCCUGGACCUGUGCCUGCUGGACCGCGCCCGCGCGCGGCGGCUGGACUGGCGCACGCGCCUCCACAUCGCGCUGGACCUCGCCCACGGCCUCCAGUACAUCCACGAGCACACCUGGCCGCGCGUGGUGCACAAGGACGUCAAGAGCAGCAACGUCCUCCUGGACGCCCGCAUGCGCGCCAAGAUCGCCAACUUCGGCCUCGCCAAGACCGGCCACAACGCGGUCACCACCCACAUCGUGGGCACGCAGGGCUACAUCGCGCCCGAGUACCUCGUCGACGGCCUCGUCACCACCAAGAUGGACGUGUUCGCCUACGGCGUCGUCCUGCUCGAGCUCGUGUCCGGCCGCGAGGCCGCCGGGGACGGCGGCGGCGGCGACCUGCUGCUGGCCGACGCGGAGGAGAAGGUGUUCCGCGGCCGGGAGGACAGGCUGGAGGCGCGCGCGGCCGCGUGGAUGGACCCCGUGCUCGCCGACCAGAACUGCCCGCCGGGGAGCGUGGCCACCGUGAUGGGCGUGGCCAGGGCGUGCCUGCAGCGGGACCCGGCCAAGCGGCCGAGCAUGGUGGACGUGGCCUACACCCUGUCCAGGGCGGACGAGUACUUCGCGGACUACUCCGGCGAGAGCGUGUCCGUGGAUGGCAGCGGCGAGAUCGCCGCGCGGUGAGUCGCUUGUUUGUAGUACUGCUCUGCUUUGUAGUUAAUCAGUGAGCACGGACGAUAUAGCUAGCUGGUGGUAAGCAUUUAGUGUAUAGGAGUAGCUAUAAUAACGCGGCAUUAUGUUACGUUGGAGCUCCGUGAGAUUAUCCUGUGGGUCAAGUAGUAUAGUACCAAAAAUCAUGAGUGAGUGGAAAAUACACGGGAUACGGUAUAUAUCAGUAUAUUUUUACGUUCAGGCCA